AAAAGAUAAACUUCCUUAUUAUUGCGUCUAGAAGGUAGGUAGAUAAGGGUUUGUGAAGAUGUCAUCUUCUUCAGUGAGUGAAAAAAGGUUUACUGCCGUUGAGAUUGAAGAAGAAUACGACACUUUUAGAGAUGAUAUCUAUAUGUGGCAACAAACGUUUGAUAAGUCUAAAUCCAACGAGGACAAUGUCAUUAAAUUUCCAAAGCGUGUUGUUGAAGAAUGUUUGUCGAAGGAACAGAAGUCGAUAACAUUGAUUUAUGAAGAAGAUGUUAAGUCUUAUGAAUGCGAUAUCGAGACUAUGAAUGAUGGAAGUAAUGAGAAAUAUAUUUCAAAAGCAUGGUUUCAAUGUGUGGAAGAAAUGGGAGUGAAAGAUGGAGCUAAGUUGUUGUUCACUGCCCAAAAUCCCCCAGAAAAUAUGGAUCUUCCCCCAACAAAAAUGUAUGUUUAUGUUAUCGAAUUCUAGAAUGGUAGUUGAAUCAAGUAUUUGCAAUGUUUUGUAACUUUUGGAAGUAGUUGAAUGUUGUAAUAGCAACUUAUCAGGUGAACCUUAGUAUGGAAACUGUUAAAUUAAGUGAUGAAUUUGUUUGAAUGUUAUAA